AUGAACUGUCUUAUAUUACCUACGAUCACAGUGCAAAUCCCACAACAGAAGAUCGAACCGAAUGAAAUAUCCCUGCCUAGGGGUAUACAACUUGCGGACCCGGAUUACUGUAAGCCGGGAAAAAUCAAUCUGCUCAUAGGAGCGGGACCCUAUUGGAAACUACUCGUUGGAUCCCCGGAAAAUCAAGUCGACGGCCAGCCUUCCCUACAGGAUUCUAAAUUGGGUUGGAUCCUUGGCGGGGAGCUACGCAAUCGAAGCAACAGUUCAAAUUGCUCAUCAGCGACAUGUCUCACCAUUACGAACGAUCAACUGAGUCAACAGGUUGAGCGUUUUUGGAAAAUAGAGAACAUCCCCGAAAGUAAGCAUUACACCAAGGAAGAGAGGGAAUGUGAGAAGCAUUUCUCCGAGACUGCACACCGUAUGAAGAACGGUAGGUUCGUAGUGCGGCUGCCAAUGCGUUCGAACGUCCAACUUGGAGAAUCCAGGAAUCAAGCACAACAAAGACUAGAAGCUCUCGAACGAAGAUUGCUACGGGAUUCAGAAUUGGAGAAGGCAUACUACAGCUUUAUGGAGGACUACCAGAGGAGUGGUCAUAUGACUCAAAUUUUCGAAGGGGAAAUAGAACAAGCAAGGGAAGUAUACUACAUUCCUCAUCAUGCAGUUGUCAAACCAGACAGUUUGACUACAAAGUUGCGAGUGGUUUUUGAUGCAUCCGCAAAGACGACAUCCGGUGCAUCACUCAACGAUAAGCUUCUACCAGGACCGAACCUGCAAAGGGAUAUCUUUAAAAUCUUGCUACGAUUCCGGACGCAUCAAUACGUUAUCACAGCGGACAUCGCUCAAAUGUUCCGACAGAUACUGGUCGACACACGAGAUAGAGCACUACAACUAAUAUUAUGGAAACCAAACCCAAGGGAAGUGACGAGGAUAUACCAACUAAAUACAGUAACGUACGGUAUGGCAAGCGCGCCGUAUCACGCCAUGCGGUGUCUACAAGAACUGGCAACUCAACAUCAAGACCAAUACCCGUUAGCAGCACGUGUAAUAAAGGAAGAUUUUUACAUGGAUGACGUUCUCACCGGAGGACGGACGUAUCAGGAAGUUAUGAUAUUACAACAACAGCUAUACGAGCUUCUGAAACAAGGGCAAUUUUGGCUCCGAAAGUGGCGCUCAAAUGAGUCAAGCAUUCUGCAACAUCUAGCGGAUUGUGAGACUGGCGAGCUGUUCACGAUUGAUAAGGACGCAGUUAAAACGUUGGGACUACUUUGGGAUUCAUCGCGAGAUAGGCUACUACACGAAACGGAUUUACCUAGGCAGAAGCACUUCACGAAGAGGACCGUAUUGGCACGGAUAUCGCAAAUUUUUGAUCCGUUAGGCCUGAUACCUCGAAACGCUAAUCACAAUAACAGUUCGAGCCAAUUUGAUUUGUUUGGCUUCGGAGAUGCUUCCCAGAGUGCCCUGGGAGCAUGUUUAUAUGUCGUUUAUUCAGAUGAAGAUGGUGACUUACAUUCACACAUUCUCUGUGCUAAGUCCAGAGUGGCACCAUUGAAGACCCUUUCGUUACCACGAUUGGAGCUGGAAGCAGCCCUGCUCUUAUCACAAUUGUAUGCCACUGUUAAGGCAGCUCUGGUUGGAAGAAUUCGGCAAAUUCACUUGUGGAGUGACAGUACGAUCGUACUCGGUUGGCUCAAGAUGGAACCGCAUACACUCAAGACCUUCGUGGCCAAUAGAGUGGCUAAGAUUCAAGAAUUGACGGAGGAGGCGACUUGGGCACAUGUGCCUUCCGACGAGAAUCCUGCGGAUCUACUGUCCCGGGGGACUACAGUCGCGGACUUGCGGACUAACGCUCUCUGGUGGAACGGACCACCCCUUUGGAUCAGGGAGGGCGAUCAACAACCCAAGCGCAUGCAGUUACCGGAAACAAAUCUACCAGAGAUAAAGACAUCGGCAGUGGCUCUGAUAACCACGCAGUCUGUGAACUCAUUGUUGCACAGAUACUCAUCAUUCAGCAAGCUGUGCAGAAUCAUUGCAUACUGUCGCAGGUUUUUCACCAGAUGCAAAGGAGAUAAAUCGACGGAUAUUAACCAAAGAAACGCUCAAUCCUUAGAUAUCGGCGAGAUAAGCAAGGCAAAAACGAUAGUGCUUAGGUGGGUCCAGGAAGAGGAAUUCAAACCUGAGAUGCAAUGUUUGAAGAAGGAUCGUGUUCUACCUCGGAAGAGUCCACUCCUUUCACUUUGCCCAUUUGUCGACAAGGACGGAUUGAUUCGUGUUGGCGGCAGACUGAGACAUGCAAGCCUACCUGAAGAACAGAAGCAUCCAGUAAUCUUGCCCAGGAACCAUCACAUCACUGGGCUCAUCAUGCGAGAGGAACAUGAGAAGAUGCUACACAGCUCACCAGAACAUUUAUUACAUCACGUUAGGCAGCGAUACUGGCCUAUAAGCGGCCGAAGAUUAGCUCGGAAAACAGUAAAGGGCUGUAUACGAUGUUUUCGCUACAGGCCAGUGAUCCCGGAUACCCUUAUGGGUGAUCUGCCAAAGGAGCGCAUCACGAUGGUUGCACGACCGUUCACAGUAACCGGUGUGGAUUACGCCGGUCCCUUUCAAAUGCGUGAAAGUCGACGACGUGGUCGUAUACACGUGCAAAAAGUGUAUGUGGCGGUAUUUGUCUGUUUUAAUACCAAGGUGGUGCAUUUAGAAAUGGUAACCGACCUCACCACGGAGGCCUUUUUGGCUGCACUCGGCCGUUUCACAGCAAGGCGGGGAACAUGUGCACAAUUGUUCUCCGACAACGGAACGAACCUGGUCGGAGCGGCGAGAGAACUGCGCAGGGUUCAAGAGUUUUUGGAAAAAACGGAACCGGAAAUAACCUCUUUUCUGAAUACACAACGAAUUUCAUGGAGUUUUAUCCCACCAAGGGCUCCUCACUUCGGCGGAUUGUGGGAGGCUGCCGUCAAAAUCAUGAAGAGGCACCUUUACACGAUUACUCAGGGGAGAAUUCUUACGUUCGAGGAAUACUACACACUGAUCACCAGCAUUGAAGCCAUGUUAAACUCCCGACCUUUGACUCCCUUGACUAAUGAUCCUUCUGACCUUAACGUUCUUACUCCUGCUCACUUCCUUAUUGGAGAUCCACUCAUGCAACCAGUUCAAGUCAAUUAUCUUGAUACUCCCAAUAAUCGUCUUUCUCAUUGGCAGCAAUUACAAAAGGUUCGUCAAUUGAUGUGGCGACGCUGGCAGCAAGAAUAUCUACAAGAAUUACAGAAACGAGGCAAGUGGACCACUCCGGGUGUCAACAUUGAACGAGACACUCUGAUCUUACUCAUGGAGGAUAAUACACCACCGCUACGAUGGCCGAUGGGCAGAGUGGUUGAAACUCACCCCGGAGCAGACGGUCAGAUCCGAGUGGUAACGGUGAAAACGCAGACGGGAUGUUUCAAGAGAUCAGUGAGGAAAAUGUGUCCCCUGCCAUUGGAGGAUUGUGAUACUUAG